AUGUGGUUGCGCCUUGUCAGGUGUUUCUUAGAGACCUCUGGUCUUUCUUCAACUAAAGCUCCACUUGCCCGCACUCUAGCGAAAAGAGCAAGCCAAAGAUCGAUUCAACAAGACCUGCCCCUCCGACCCUACAUACCUUACCGUUCUUCCAUGCGCAACCCCGAAUCAGACCCAGAUCUCUCUGAACGAGUUAGCAAACGGCGGCGCAUCUCUUCACCGGUGCGGACGAACUUACAUACAAUCAUGACUCCCGCCGGUCCAACCAUUGAGCUCACUCCCAUUGAGAGUACUCUGCGAACCCUUCUUCUUGAUGUUGCCCAAUACAUCAACGAGCAAAAGACCGAGAACAAAGAAAGCCAUGUGCAGGAUUCCUCUAAAACCAUCCUGCGAUUCACAGGAGGCUGGGUGAGGGACAAGCUGCUUGGAAUCGGGAGCAAUGACAUCGACGUCGGUAUCAGCAAUAUGACGGGAUACCAGUUCGGGAUGGCUCUCAAAGAGUUCCUCGAUGUCCCGGAGCGCCUCGAGAAAUACAGGCAAAGCCUUCCAAAUGGGGAAAUGCAUGAUGCUAUCGUGAGCCUUCACAAAAUCGAAGCAAACCCGGAAAAGUCCAAGCACUUGGAAACCGUCACAACGAAAAUCUUUGGGCUGGACAUUGAUUUAGUCAACCUCAGGAAGGAAACAUACACAGAUGACAGUCGAAAUCCCCAGAUGGAAUUCGGAACUGCCGUCGAAGACGCUUUAAGGCGGGAUGCGACUAUCAAUGCGCUUUUCUACAAUCUUAACGAGUCACGCUUGGAGGAUCUUACAGAGCGCGGUCUGGAUGACAUGAAGCAGCGGAUCAUUCGAUGUCCAAUGGAGCCCUACCAAACAUUCAAAGACGACCCCCUGCGUGUCCUGCGGUUGAUCCGAUUCGCGAGCAGACUGGGAUACCUGAUUGAAUCAGAAACAGAAGCGGCAAUGCAGAUCGAGGACAUCGGCGAAGCGCUUAAGCUCAAGAUCAGUAAGGAACGUGUGGGGACGGAGCUAGAGAAGAUGUUGCGUGGUCCUGAUCCAUGCGGUGCAUUGGAAUUCAUAGACCGUCUGAACCUGUAUCACACCAUCUUCGCCAACCAUCAGGAUGAUGUCAAGGCCGAUACUUCUACAUGGCCGCUUGUCUACAACUCAUUGGCACGGUUGCUCCGCUCGGAUUCUAGCAACGGCCAGGCUGCUUCCAAGCGAAUCCGCGAAAUCCUGUUCCGUGAUCAAUCGACUGUAUAUUACGCCUGGAUGGUCGCGACAUUUGCUCCUUGGUCUUCGAUCCCCACACGUCCCACGCAAGGCCCCAAAGGGAGACCACUACCCCCACGCGCCGUUGAGGUCGGCAGAGACAGUCUCCGCACCGACAACAAAACACUCACUGCGCUACGCGCUGCGUCGCAGCAUUACGAAGAAAUCAUUGAAACCAAAACGGCACUUCUGGCCAAGACCCUCCCUGGGACACCUGCAGAAAUCCGACAGAGAAUUGGGCUGCUAAUUCGAGCAUGGAGCAAAGAGUGGAAACUCUGUGUUCUUCUCGCUAUCUUACAAGAGGUCAUGGCACAACGCGACUUCUCUGAAGUGGCUCAAGAAUAUGACCAAUUCCUGGCGUACAUCGUAGAAAAUGACCUGGAGGAUGUGUGCGACCUCCGACCAAUCGUAAAUGGUGAUGAAAUUAUGAAAAGCCUUGGGGCCAAGAAGGGACCCUGGAUGGGCAAAGCAGUCAAUAUGAGUCUUGAAUGGCAGCUGCUUCAUCCCGAGAUUAGCGACAAGGAAAAGGCGCUGGAAGAGAUCGGAAGCCGACGAACAGAAUUGGGAGUCCGUGACAUUCUGGCGCAAACUCCCGGCAAAGUGCCCCAGGGUUCCCUCCCCUACGCUGAGACUGCCGCCAAGUGUCAACUCGAACAACUAUGGCAGGAUAUUGACUCUCAAGAUCAUUCUACCCACUCUAAAAUAUGCGAAAGCCUGCUAUUAGCGGCAGGCUUCAUCGGGCAUUGGGACUUUCUACUGCCGAAUGAUGCAGGCCCUCGAGCAUUGAGUCCGAAUGAAAACAAGGCUGUGUACAACUUGCUCAACUGGGCCAGCAAUACAACUCUACCCUCAUCUGAAUUCGCAAGUGAUUUUGAUGAAACAGCGGGUCUCUCAGACGGUAGGCCCCCUAAGAAUUCCCAUGAACGGCCGUUUUUAAUGUGCCAACCAGAAAUCAUCCAAUGCCAGAUUGAUAGCCAAUUCAGGUCAGAGUUGGCCAUAGAGCUACUUCUGGCGCUGAGCAAAAUCUUGCCCAGCUUGUCCAAACCCAGCCCUGACAUUGUGGCAGAUGUCCUCCUCGCUGGGGCAUCUUUCACCACCAAAACAAAUCCAUGGGUUACGUCACAAAGCCAUGAGACGUCAUCAAAAUUAUUAGACAUAUGGGCUGAUAUUAGUCGCAAACAUGGAACAUUCUGGCCUGCUGUCGAUAUCAUGCUCAAGGAAAAGAUUAGGCCUCUGUUUGCAAAACAGAGGAACCCAGCCAUCACCAGUGCAGGUCGCAAGAACUUCCAUCCUCAGAAUCUACCUCGCUUCGGUUCAAAUGGUUUGGACGAAUCUGUAAAACCUUGGAAGACUACCGAUAUCUACGUUGCCUCUGCGUUGUCGUGGACUCUCUCGCAAUACGAUGGCAAAACACAAUUUGAAGCACAUUUCCCUCUCUUUGUGCCAACCGUGUUGGCAAUGAUUGAUGACAAUAACCUCCCCUUCAAGACAGAAGGAUGUCUUGUUCUCAGCCAGCUGCUGCAAGCUAUUCAAGAAAGUGGAUCUGACAUUCUGCGGCGUACCAAUCUCACGUCUGUCUUUGAAGAUGCCGUUACCCCAUGUCUUCUAUCUAUUCCCACCAUCACCCCGGAGGAUAGAUCUCUUAAGCUUCUAGCGGCGGCAUAUCCAGCACUUCUCAAAACCCUCCAAACAGCCUACAAAAACAAACUCCAACCCGAGCAGGAUCGAGAAGUCUACACGAACAGACUCGCUCACUAUCUCCGAUCAAACCUCAUAUCCUCUUUCCACCACGUCAGUUCCAGCACUCCAGCUUCUGGUUCAACGACUGCCUCUUUCCCAUUCCCUCGCCUCUCGGCCUUCCUUCUCACAAACAUCGCCAUCUUCGUCAAUGAGCUUGGUAUCCACGCUACGAAGUAUCUUCAAGAGCUUGUCCCUGCUCUUUAUACUACUCUUUCAAAUCCCUUCGGGACCGCUUAUCCUCCAUUGCUCUACGCAGCAACCGAAGCCACGCAGGCAGUUAUUCGAAAUGCCCAUCCACGCAUCUGGCGCUGGCGGGGUGAGAUUUUGAGUGGUUUGAGUUCUUGUUGGCUUCACAUUGCUGCCGAUGAUAACAAGGAAUUGGCUCCUCAACUAGCCAUCUUGAAGGGCGAAUUGCAGCAAACGAUGAAGCUGCUUAAGCACGUUUUGCAAAACCCUGUUCCUAUUGCGUCUGAUGCUCCGGAGCCUGAUCAGCUGCAGGCAAAGCUGGCUAUGCAAGAGGAGCUGGAGGAGCUGAUAAAGGCAGAUUCAGAGCUCAAAUUUCUAUAUGAUUGA